GUCCACCAAAAGCUAAAGGUACCCACUUAUUUCUCUCCUCUUGCUCACUGCUUUGCCUUUUUAAAGGCCACAACAGCCAGCUACUUGAGAUAUGAAACAGUCAUUUUAAAACUUGUUUUCUAUUUUGAUCUUAAAACUUUUGUCUUGGUCUGAGAGUUCUUCCAAAGAAGAGAUGGAGAAUAUGGAAGAUGGAGGAAUACCGACAUAUGAUGGUAGAUAUGUUAUGUACAAUGUACUCGGUAACAUUUUCGAGCUGUCUUCAAAAUACAUUCCUCCUAUUCAACCCGUCGGCCGAGGUGCCUAUGGCAUUGUCUGCUGUGCUACAAACUCAGAGACAAACGAAGAGGUCGCUAUAAAGAAGAUAGCAAAUGCAUUUGACAACAGAGUUGAUGCUAAAAGAACCCUCCGAGAGAUUAAACUCCUUUGCCACAUGGAUCAUGACAAUGUUAUCAAAAUGAAAGAUAUUAUCGAGCCACCAGAGAAGGAAAGGUUCGAAGAUGUGUAUAUUGUUUAUGAAUUGAUGGAUACUGAUUUGCAUCAGAUCAUUAGAUCCACUCAAAGUCUAACAGACGACCAUUGUCAGUACUUCCUUUACCAAAUUUUAAGAGGCCUAAAGUACAUACACUCUGCAAAUGUACUUCACCGCGACCUGAAACCGAGCAACCUGGUUUUAAAUACGAAUUGUGAUCUUAAAAUAUGUGAUUUUGGGCUAGCAAGAACGUCGAAUGAGACAGAGAUAAUGACGGAAUAUGUUGUGACAAGAUGGUACCGUGCACCUGAAUUGCUUCUCAACAGCUCGGAGUACACAGGAGCUAUUGAUAUUUGGUCUGUUGGUUGCAUUUUCAUGGAGAUACUAAGAAGAGAGACGCUUUUUCCUGGUAAAGAUUAUGUUCAGCAGCUGAAACUUAUCACUGAGCUGUUAGGGUCACCAGAUGACUCUGAUCUCGACUUCUUGAGAAGUGAUAAUGCGCGAAAGUACGUGAAACAACUCCCACAUGUUCAAAAACAAUCAUUCAGAGAAAAAUUUCCAGACAUUUCCCCAGUGGCACUAGAUCUUGCUGAAAAGAUGCUAGUUUUCGAUCCUUCGAAACGCAUCACAGUGGAAGAAGCAUUGAAGCAGCCGUAUUUGGCAAGUCUCCAUGAGAUCAACGAAGAACCAACGUGUCCUUCUCCUUUCAGUUUCGACUUCGAGGAGACAGCCUUAGAUGAACAAGACAUCAAGGAGCUUGUCUGGAGAGAAUCUUUACACUUCAAGAAUAAGUAAUCUCCCGAAUUCUCACUAUCCCAACAAGUUAAGACACAAUUGAAAGCUUAUUUUUCUAAGUUGUGGGGAACAUGCAUGUAUUAUUUGUUUUGAUGAUGGUUGGUUGUGCAAUGCGAAGAAAGUGCUCACUCUAUCAGACCAUUAAGCGAUUCCAAAUAAUUUCAUC